AUGAAAAAAUUAUUAAUAGUCUCAGGUCUAGCUGGAUCAAAAAAAUAAGAAGUUGUCCAAAUUUUAAACAAAUAAAUGAAAACUAAAAUCAUUCCUGCAGAUUCUUUGCAAGUAGUUCAUCGUAAAACAUUAAAAAGGUUUAUAAAAAUUGGCCAAUAUCCACCAAUUGGCCUAAGGAGAAUCUAUCAAAUUAUGAAUUGAUAGGAAAGUUCGAUGGAUUAACCAAUUUCAUUACUACUUUUCAAUUUAAAAAAGAAGUCUUAAAAAUCCUUCAAAAUAUGGAAAAUCCCAUUAUUGAAGGUGGAUGUUGCUUCUUUAUUAAUUAAAUAUUGAAAUCAAGAUAGGAAUAAUUCAGUGAAGAAUAAAUUCAAAUAGCUGAUUAAAAAGCUAAAGAAAUACUACUGAAUUGUUCUGAUCCAUAAAAUUUAUUGAAGUAACUUUGUUAAAAAUAUAAUGAAUCUCCACCAAUAACAGAUAAAUAUCGUUUGAUAAGAGCAAUACGCUUUGCAUUACUUACAAAAGGUAGAGAAUUUCAAUCACCUUUUAAAUAUGAUGAAUAUAAAUUAUGUGAAAUUCUGGAUGUAAGAGGGUUCUUUCUAAGUGAACCUUAAGGGAACAUAUGUUAAAUAAUAUAUGAAAGGUAUUCAAUAAAUGAAACAAAAGGUGUAAUGAAAUGUUGAAAUAAGGAGUUCUUUAAGAAUUUUAUGCAUUUUAUAAAAUAAAGCAAAUUGCUAGUCUUAAUUAAUUAAGAUUAAACACACCUAUAGGAUAUGAUCUUUUUGUAGAAUUGAUCAAUGAUUAUAUGGAGAUCAAUAUUAAUACUCAUUAUUCUCAAUCUAAAAAAGAGAGGUUAAAGAGAGAAAGAGUUAAAAAAUUCAUAGAGAUAUUUUAUAUUAAGUGGAGAUAAUAUACAUCUUAUUAAAGAAGAUAUGUUAGAUCUAAUUUUAAUGAAUUUAUUUGGAUAGAUAAUAAUCUUAAUAAUAUACCAGAAUUGAUUUCUUAAUAUUAUUCAUGUGAGAGACAAGAAUUCAAUAAUUAAUUAAAUAGUAUAGAUAGUAUAGUUUUGAAAAUAGACAAACAUCCUGAAUCGAUGGGAAAAUAAAUGAAAAUUGAAGUUUCAUUAGAAAUGUAAGAAUUUGUAUAUGAGACUAUGUAAAAUAUGAUUUGA